AUGGAAGCACUAUUGUCCCUCUCCUUCGACAACACGUCUUCCAAGGACAUCACAAAGAUCCGCAAAGGUCUGCGCCAGAUCGAGGGUCUGCUGGCUCAGAUCUGCAUUCCUCCAUCAUGCUCGCAACAGAAGCGUAGACCUUCUUCAACCCGUCUGUCUGGCGAUACGCUGCUGCCGCCCAGGCAGCUGACUCAGGUGUGCCAGGAUCCCGCCUAUAGAGAGUUCUUUCGUCUCCAAGAAGGCUUCGAGUGGAAUGUGGCCUCGCGCCUCAUGGCCUGUCUCGAGACGCUGCUGGGAAUGCCCAAUGCUACCCAGUCCAACGCCAUCAUCCUCUCAGCCCUCGACAUCCUCCAAGGAGUCCUCCUGCUACAUCCUCCUUCACGCGCCCUCUUCCGCCGAGAGAGUUACAUGGACCUGAUCCUCGACCUUCUGGAUGCCGCAAAUCCACCCGUCGUCCAGUCGCAAGCACUCCUGGUCCUCGUCACUGCACUCCUUGCUACUCCCGAAAGCACUCGAACUUUUGAAAAGAUGGACGGUCUCCUGGCAAUCGCAAGCCUGUUCAAGUCUCGCAGCACAUCCAGAGAGGUCAAGCUGAAGGUAGUCGAGUUCCUCUAUUUCUACCUCAUGCCUGAAACCCCUUCCGCCAACUCUUCCUCGGCCGCUCCGCAAAGAAAGUCUAGCAAGCGCCUCAACACUACUGAGAAUCUCGCCUUCUCCAAAUCCACAGACGAAAAGCAACGUCUGCUCGGUCAAUAUCUGGGCAACGUCAAUGAGCUCGUUCAAGAUCUGAAGGAAAACGCCCCAUUCGCCUUCUAA